CACUGGAGCUCAGAGACUCAUGAAGGAGGGGGUUGUGCACAGACCAUUGUAAAACCAGCAAGCAGUAAGUCAGCUAUAGGACUUAGAUAAUAAAAUGCCAGCACGAUGCCCCUCACUGAUGAUACCACUCUAAUUAAAGAUAGCAUGGAAGAAGUUUCUCCUAUAUGUUUGCUGCCAGAACUAUAUGCAUUUGCUGAGGAUUUUAAAAAGGAGAGCAAAAAAAGUAUGAGCCAGAAAAUUCACAGUAUGUCUCUUAGUGAUGCACAGAAAAUGCUUAGUCAAAACUUGCAUGUGAUGUUCAUAAACAGAACUGGUAUGAGAAGCAGAGCCUCCCAAACUGUUCUUAUGUGCACACUGCAUCAAAAUGAGGACCAGGAGAAGCCCAAGUCCAUGACUGACGUCCUCCACGACAGCUUACUUUCAGGCUCCCUGUCGGCAUUGCACAAGCUACAGAAGACCCAAGAGAGACUCCUGCGGAGAGGAAUCCCUCCUCCCGUGCACACCUUCCCUUAUGAGAUUCUGUUCGACUCUGCCACCCCACCAGCUACAGCCUCCGUCUGGAAGAAAGUUCAGAGCACCUUGACAUUUUACAAUCUGGCCUUGCCCAAAGCUGCCUCAGAAAAAUUUGUCAUUGAAGAAAAAGCUCCUCAAUACUUUUUAAUUAAUCCAGGUAAUCUAAACAGAUGAGGCCACAUGGAGGAAAAUUGAUGGAGAGCUUAAUCCAAAAUUGACCUAGCUUUCUGGAGCAGAAAGAGUCAAAUAUUGAACUGGGGAAUCUUGCUGUUCUGGGUUUGUGGGUGCUACCAUGUGUAAAGUAGAGAACACAGAUCCAAUAGUUCCAGGGCUCAACUUGCACCCCCGGAAAAUUAUAUUAUUUAGAAACAUCAUUUAAACCUUUUUUUAGAAAAAGAACCAGUUUGGCUUGGAUGCUCACGCUCCCCUGAUUUUGAUUCCCAAGUUCAUCAAGCAUCGACUGAACCGUGACUUUAUCUGUUUUUUUAAGUGACUUUAGCACAAUUGAGGGUUUAUUUUAGCAGCAUC